AAGCUCUCCCAAGGCUGAGGAUUCCGCACAACCUAGAUACCUCUGCUUCCCCCCACCCACCCAGUCACCGAUUCGACUUUCGAUACAGAGUGUCUGCAUAACACACAUUCACCAUGUCGUCCUUCAGCCCGACACAAAUCUUCGAGGACGGAACCACCGAGGAGAAGGGAGAGAAUGCCCGUCUCUCCGCCUUCGUUGGCGCCAUCGCCGUCGGUGACCUCGUCAAGAGCACCCUCGGCCCCAAGGGUAUGGACAAGAUUCUGCAGUCUGCAUCGACUGGCGAGAUCAUGGUCACGAACGACGGCGCUACCAUUUUGAAGUCUAUUGCUCUCGACAACGCGGCGGCCAAGGUGCUGGUAAACAUUUCCAAGGUCCAGGACGAUGAGGUCGGUGAUGGUACCACCUCCGUCGCUGUUCUUGCGGCCGAGCUUCUGCGCGAAGCUGAGAAGCUCGUCGACAAGAAGAUCCACCCCCAGACCAUUAUCGAGGGAUACCGGAUAGCAAGCCAGGCCGCCCUCAAGGCCCUGAAGGAGUCAGCCGUCGACCGCAGCAACACUCCCGAGGCAUUCAGAAAAGACCUGCGGGCCAUUGCCCGCACAACCCUCAGCUCCAAGGUUCUGGCCCAGGACCGCGACCACUUCUCCAAGCUUGCCUGCGAUGCCGUGCUGCGACUCAAGAACUCCUCCGAUCUUAGCCAUAUCCAGAUCAUCAAGAAGGCCGGUGGCAAGCUGAGUGACUCGUACCUCGACGAGGGUUUCAUUCUCGACAAGAAGAUUGGCGUCAACCAGCCCAAGCGCCUCGAGAAGGCCAAGAUCCUGGUCGCCAACACCUCUAUGGACACGGACAAGAUCAAGAUCUUUGGCGCUCGCGUCAAGGUGUCAACGACGAGCAAGCUGGCCGACCUCGAGAAGGCUGAGAAGGAGAAGAUGAAGGCAAAGGUGGAGAAGAUCAAGUCGCACGGCAUUAACUGCUUCAUCAACAGACAACUCAUCUACAACUGGCCCGAGCAGCUGUUCACAGACGCCGGCAUCAUGUCUAUCGAGCACGCCGACUUUGACGGUAUUGAGAGAUUGGCGUUGGUGACGGGCGGUGAGAUUGCCUCUACUUUCGACCACCCCGACCAGGUCAAGUUGGGACAAUGCGAGCUUAUUGAGGAAGUCAUCAUUGGCGAGGACACCUUGAUCAAGUUCUCUGGUGUUGCUGCCGGCGAGGCAUGCACCAUUGUGCUGCGUGGUGCCACAGAUCAGCUUCUGGACGAGGCAGAGCGCAGUCUGCACGACGCCCUUGCCGUCCUGUCACAGACGGUGAAGGAGCCGUGGACCACUCUGGGUGGUGGAUGUGCUGAGAUGGUCAUGGCCAAGGCCGUCGAGGGUGCCGCCACUCGCGUUGAGGGCAAGAAGCAGAUGGCUGUCAGCAGCUUUGCGACUGCGCUGCGCCAGCUGCCGACCAUUCUGGCCGACAACGCAGGUCUCGACUCUGGCGAGCUUGUGGCCCGUCUGAGAAAGGCGAUUUACGACGGCAUGACGAAUUAUGGAUUGGACCUGCUGUCGCCCGGCGGUGGCAUCACCGACAUGCGCGACUUGGGGGUCGUUGAGAGUUACAAGCUGAAGAGAGCGGUUGUUUCGUCUGCCAGUGAGGCAGCCGAGGUACGUGCCCCCCCUUUAGUGAUGCCAUUGAUGUUGGUUGUGAGAUGAUAUCUGGGAUAAGCGACUAACACAUAAUAGCUUCUUCUUCGUGUAGACGACAUCAUUCGCGCUGCUCCCAGACAACGGCAGCGCGCCUAAACGACACGCCAGUGAUGGCAGCACAUGAGGAUUUUCUCGGCAGGAAUGGGAGGUCAAGAGAGAGCAAGAAAAAAGUCAUAUUCGCAUGUUGACG